AUGCAAUUGGAGAUGAUCAGCAUAAUGCGGGAAUCACGAGGAACGAAAAAUCUGAAAGGGAGACAACAUGCGCAAUUAGAAACACAGAAACACAUAUCUAUUACAAUGAUCAUCUUUUAUCCCUCGGUUGCUUUGGUUAUUGUUUUGGUAUUGUUGCCGCGCCUUGCAUUAUCCCUUGCAAGACAUAGAUACUCUUACGUAUUCGACUCUAGUAUACCAGAGAGUUCCAUACAAGGCGAUGUACUGAAGAAUAUUGGUUCCGACACUGUAAAAAUUUCGAAUUUUACUGGAAUUAAAGAAUGGAAGAUGGCCGUUCGUCUUGGAGAAUUCACCGAGAAAAUACUUCAAGAAGAACUACCACCCUGGAAACCAGAAUGGAAGGUUCGCUUUCAAAUGUUGUCUCCUGAUGCUGAGGAACUUGCGCCAUUCUUGACUCGAGCGUUGCCCGGCUUUCAUGUUGGAUUGGAUUUAUGGAAUGCAUCGAGUACGCCCAGGCUUGACAUUAAUGACGAGGCUUUUGUUAUGGCGUGUCGUUAUCUUUACAAGAUAUUCCCUAUUUUCCUGUGCCCCCAUCAUGAAGGCGAGCAUCGUUCGCAUGCCUGGAUAGACUUGAAGCAAUCCAUUACAUUGCCUAGAUCAAGAACGUAUCUUCAUCAAUUUCAUGCCAACGGAAGGCGCAUCGUCGUAUCGGAUUCAAGAUUCGGAAAUUAUGCAUUAUUAAAGAACGGCUGGAAACAACCUGUAGCUAUAGAUUUGAACAUUUUAUUUGACUCAAAAAACAACAUGGACAUGUUGGAAUUGAGAAUGUUAUGGAAACUGAAAGAACAAUCCGAAGAAAUCAUUCGUCCCAAUCAAUCAGAGGAAAGAGUUGAAGUCGGUGUAUUUGAAAGCCUUCAUGACGGCAACUCUUACAUAGGAGUGAGAUCGAUCAUUGGAGAUAAUAAAAUUCUUCCGACUCUGGUCACACUACCUGCCGUCUAUUUAAGCAAAGAGUCUCACUUCUUCAACUCUACCAUUCCCACUCCACACGGUUUUCAUCCGUCAUUUCUCACGGAAAUAACAAUACCCCCGGGGUCAUUUUGCGAAUAUCAUAUAGUGCACAGCCUUCCUGAUAGCUAUUUCGUUGACCCAUAUCAGAUUGAAGAACUCUUUCCCGACGGUGACAUAGAAAUCUGGGGAGAUACAGAUUUGGAAAAACCAGUAAAUAACCCUACUAGUCUUUACGCUGAGGGAUGGAUGAGCACUGGCAGCGUAGUAAAAAUCAGAACGAGAAUCGACGGUAUCAAUGCGAGCACUGUAAAGUUUUCUUUGCCAAUUCAUCUCCGUUAUCACCAUGCGGCAGAAUACUAUAAAUAUAUGGGAUAUUUGACAGUGAACGCAUUCUGGCCAUACGUCAUUGAGAAUUGUAUUGAUGAAACACGGGUCCAUGACGAGGUAUUGUUUGCACCAGUUCCACUGCCACUAUCAUUGAUACUUUCUGAAGAACGUGGGCGAAUCAGAUAUGUAAUGCCAAACUAUGAUCGACUCGGUCUCGAUUCCCAUGCAAAGUAUUCUUAUCCCGCAGAAUCGAUAAACGUUCCUAUCGGUGAAUCAGACAUGUCACAGACAAUUCUGUUUUGGACUAUGAUUGCGGUCAUCUGUGGCAGCUUCUGGCUUAGCAUGGCUGUUAUUCGAUUUGUUAUGAGAAUGCAGGCAGAUAAAGUCGAAAAUAAAAUGGAUUGA